UGGACUAGCAGCACAACGCGUAGCAGCACCAGCGCGACCAGCAGCACGACUGGGACCACAACGACCGGGACCAGCAGUACUACUCUGAGCAGCACCAGCGCGAGCAGCAGCACCACUGUGACCACAACGACAGGGACCAGCAGCAUCAGUAGCAGCACCUCUACGACUCCGACAUCCGUGAGUGAGACGAGCACCACGACCCUGACAUCCACGAGUGAGACGAGCACCACGACUCUGACAUCCACGACAGGGACCAGUAGCACGACGGGAAGCAGCACGACAGGCACCAGCAGCUCGUCUGUGUCAUCCACGAGUAGGACGAGCACCGUGACUUUGACUUCCACGAGUGAGACAAGCAGCAUGACAGGUACCAGCAGCACGACGGGAAGCAGCACGACGGGCACCAGCAGCACGUCUGGGACAUCCACGAGUGAGACAAGCAGCACGACUCUGACAUCCACGAGUGAGACAAGCACCAUGACUCGAAGCAGCACGACAGCCACUAGCAGCACGACGGGAAGCAGCACGACAGGAAGCAGCAGCACGUCUGGGACGUCCACGAGUGAGACAAGCACCACUUCGUUGAGCAGCACGACGGGGAGCAGCAGCACGACGGGAAGCAGCACAACGGGCACCAGCAGCACGUCUGGGACAUCCACGAGUGAGACGAGCAGUACUUCGAGCACCACGUCUCUGAGCAGCACGACGGGCACCAGCAGCACGACGGGAAGCAGCACGACAGGCAGCAGCAGCACGACUCGGACGUCCACAAGUGAGACGAGCAGCACGUCGUUGAGCAGCACGACGGGUACCAGCAGCACGACCCUGACGUCCACGAGUGGGACGAGUAGCAUUUCUAGCACCGUGUCGCUGAGCAGUACAACGGGUACAAGCAGCAUGUCGUUCAGCAGCACGACGGGUACCACCAUGUCGCUGAGCAGCACGACGGGUACAAGCACCAUGUCGUUGAGUAGCUCGACGGAUACCAGCAGCACGACGGGGAGCAGCAGCUCGGCGAGCAGCUCCAUGUCUCUGAGCAGCACGACGCAGAGCAGCAGUACAUCGUUGACUUACACGAGUGUGACGAGCAGUGUAUCAAGUACCACUUCGCUGAGCAGCUCUUCCGACACCAGCAGCACGACGCGGAGUAGCGCUAGUUUGACAUCUUCGAGCAUGACCAGUAGCAGCACGCUCAGCAGCACGACUGGUACCAGUGUGACCCUGUCGAGCACUACGGGGUCGAUCACUGCAACGACAUGGACCGUCAGCACGACCACAGUAUCCAGUACUUCGACGCUCUCUUCUACCUCGACGCUCUCGUCAUCUACGAUUUCCAGCUCUACCAGCGUGUCCAGUACCACUCAUUCAACCGUGUCAGAGACCAGCUCCAGUUCCACGUCGGAGACCAGCACUUCCUCAACGACCGUGCAAAUUGUCAACACGAUCAGCGGAACGAUGGCCCUCGCUGUCUCCGACCCCGCAGCCUUCGUGAGCGACGCGACUGCCCUGGCGGCCGUGACGGACAGCAUCGCCAGCCUGGCUGGCGUAGCAGUGAGCCAGGUGUCAGUGACCCUGGGCAUCAGCAGGCGCCUUGCGACGCCGAGCAUGUCGGCUCCAGUCCAGCUGGGGGCACUGGCACCUUCCGCCCCUGUGGGCUCAGACACCACGCCGCCGGUGUGGUCCUCGUCUGGGGCGCGGAGGCUGUCGUCCGUGCAGGUCGGCUACAGCAUCACGACCGUCGGGGGCCCGGGCACCACCGCCGACGCCCACGCGGGCAUCCUGCGUGCGCUGACGGACUCGGGCGCCGCGUCGGCCAUGCAGGAGUUGACAACGGCCAGACUCGCGAGCCAGGGCGCGAGUUACGCCGUGACGGUGGAGAGCCUCAGCACGCCGGCGAUCGACAGCAUCACGCUCACGAGGACUUCGACCACCACGACGUUGAGCCUCACUAGUAGCACAAGCGUCUCGACUUCAUCGGCCACGUCGUCAACGACCGCCAGCACAGUGACGACGAUCAGUACGACCACUUUCUCAAGCACGUCAGCUUCGUUUACCAGUACCACCACCAUCAGCACGUUGACCAGCUCCUACACCACAACUUCGACGAAAACCACUUCGACUACCACAACUUCGACCACCACGUCCACUUCCAGUACGACGUCGACAACGACGACAAUCGGAGCUGUCAGUGUCGUCGCGAUCCCUACAGAGCUGACCUCCUGCAACUCCCUCUUUGUUCACGCUGCAGUUCCCGACGACACGACCAGCCUGACGUGGUCGUGUGAGCCUUCUGACUCGAGGCUGUGCGCAAACAUCCUGUCCGUGGCUGCCGCGGGUGCAGUCGUGAGCACGCUACAAGUCUCGAGUGGUCUCGUCUCCGACGCGGCGGCACAGGACGUUGGCUUCGCCUUCCCUCUGUCCGUGCGGCUGCACGCGCACGGCCGGAACCAGCACGGAGACCAGUCGGUGGGGUCCACCUCGUUCACGUUCGACGUCUUCGCCGGCGGCUCCAUGUCCAUGGUCAAGGCCUCCAGCACCACAGAGUACACCCUGUUGGACGACUACGUGCGCCUCAAUACCAACGUCAUGCUCUGCGAUGGCGCCUCGGUCGGAGGGAGCAUCAAGGUUGCCUGGAGCUGGAGGCCAGUGGUGCUCGGCGGGGAGGUGCUGUGGACAGCUUGGACGAACGAGGCUGGCGUCGCGUACACGUCCCUGAAGAUGCCAGUCAGCGAGCUGGGCGUCAGCCCUGGAGAUUACGAGGUGAAGGCAUCCAUUGUCGGCUCCCAGGCCGGGGAUGUCAUCUUCGACGUGACGGUGGGCGACAUCCCGCCUCCCGACGCAACCUUGGUAUUUCCAGCAAAGGUUUCGAACGGCUGUGACUUCUCGCUUGACGCCUCGGGCUCAACCGACCCUGAUGGGUCCUCCUUGUCCUUCUCGUGGGCGUGCGCGUCCAACAAUGCCUCCGACUUUGCCGCUUCGGCCGAGGCGGCCGCGUCGUGCAACGCGGAGGUAACAGGCAAGACAGCUUCGUCCAUCAGCCUACCGGGUGGGAGCUUGCUCGAAGGGUCCUACCUCUUCACGGUCGUUGUCUCUCGUGCGGACGCCGAGUCGGUGGCGCGGGGUGCCGUGUUGGUCACUGGCUCCAACCAGCCUGUGGUGUCAUUUGCGAAACUGGCGGCGGAGGUGUCCCCACAGAAGCCGAUGGCGGUUUCCGCCUCGAUCGUUCAGUCGACUGGCUGCAUCGCACCAGCCUGGAAAUCUUGGUGGAUCAUGGUGUCAGGCGGCGGCAGCGCGACCCAGCUGGCAGCGUCCGCGGCGACCAGCCUGGCGGAGCUGUCGGUGUCCUCGCUGCCGUCUGCCCCUGGCGCCCACUACCAGCUGCGGCUGGUGCUGUCAGAGUCUGCGCACAACGGCUUCACUGAGGACACCAGCAACGGCGUCUACGUGUUCGAUUCCGCCGAGUUCUUGAUCGACGAGCCACCCUCCGGCGGCACGUGCGAGGUGUUCCCGAGGAGCGGCAACGUCACGCUGACGAAGUUCACGCUCUCCUCGUUCAAUUGGCUUGACGACGACCUGCCGCUGGUCCACAAGUUCUCCAAGUGCUUUGGCACCAUCAGCGAUGGCUGCGACUCAUGGUCCACCGUCAGCGCUUAUUCGCAGAGCCAGACCAUGCAGAACGUCAUUUUCGGCAAGUCUGGGACGGUGAUGGUCGAGGCCAAGGCUCAAGAUACGCUCGGCUCUUCCAGCGCUGCUGUCGCCGAGGUAGAGGUCCUUGAGUUAACAGCAGGCGUCAACGAUGACGAUCUUCUUGAUGUGGUUGCGUCGGUAGCCAACUUCGGCGAUCCGUUUGCCACCUUGGCGGCUUUGUCGGCUGUGGCGGAGAGUUCCAGCGGUGGAAGCCAGGAGUUUUCUGGCAUACUGCUGGACACCAUGUCUGCCAGCGGCGCCCUCUCUGAUCCAGACACCGAGAGCAUAAGCGCCACCACGUCCGCGCUUGCCAGCAUCGUCGCUUCGGCGUCCACAGUGAAGUCUGCGAGCUCAGGCGACGGCGUCAACGAGACGUCGCAGGAGGUCGUUAUGGAGGCGACGGUCGCAGCGAAGGCGGCGACCAUGGUUACCAGCAUCGCAGUGGUGGCGAAGGGUCUGGACGAGGGCAUGGAGGUGGGGACCGCCACGCUGCUGAUGAGCUCGGUGGCCACGCUGCUGAACACUGCCACGGCAGCCCCGGCUGCCGCAGCCAGCAACAACGACACCGUGGCCGCAGACUCGGCGGCCCCUGCCCUGUCGGAAGAGCAGAGGGCGGAGCAGAAGGCCCUCAGCGGCCAGCUGCAGCAGGCCACCGAGGCCAUCGGCGACGCCGUCAUCCAGGCCACCCCCCCGGGCGAGACGGUGACGAUGAACACGAGCAGCGGCCUGCAGCUCAACAUCAUGAAGGCGGACAGCGACGAGCUGGCGGAGAGCGGCGCAUCCGUGGGCGGCUUCACGCUCCCCCCGAUGCCCUCCUCCUUCUUCCGCCGCCUGGAGUCCGGGCGCCAACUCACGGGCGGGGGAGCGGUGGGCCUGCAGAUGGCGAAGUGGCACAAGAACCCCUUCUCGUACGCCGGCUCCAGUGCCCCGGCGCCGACGUCGGGCAGCGGGGUGGCGAGUGACCUGAGCAUCGCCACGGACGGCGUGCGGUCCUUCAGCAUCCGGGUGGACGGGGAGGAGGUGGCGGUGAGCGGUCUGGCAACCCCCAUCAUCCUCGAGUUGCCGAGGCACUCCAGUGCCGAGCGCAGGAGGUUGCUUGCGAGCAGGAGGCUGGCCGAAGGCCAGGAGAACGUAGUGGAGCAGGUGGAGGAGUGCAUGUACUUCGACCACGCGAGUGAGGUCUGGUCCACCGAGGGCUGUUCGGUCGUGGAGGUCCGCGGGGAUACGCUCGUCUGCGCCUGCGACCACCUCUCUUUCUUCUCCUCUGCCCUCGGCAGCCUGUCGUUCCUGGGCGACUUCUUGUGCCCCAACGUGGCCAUCCUUGCCCCCGAAGGCUUUGCGAACCUGGGCCAGGGCCAGUGGGUGGGGCAGCGCGGCGGGAUUGUGCUGUGGGCAUUGCUGGCGGUGCACUUGGCUGUUGCCCUGGCAGCCUGGAACUCGCAGAGGUCAGUGGAAAGGAGCAUGCUUUUCAUGUAUUCCGACGACGCUAGUAUAUACAAGAAGAGAGCCGUGCUCAAAAAGCUUGUGGACGCCGGGUGGAAGCACGGCAAGUCCAGACCGAAAAUGGUCCUCGUCUUCGCCGUUCACGCCGCUCUGAGGCUAAAGCUGGACUACGACUACGACGAGCUCUGCAAGAAGGACCUGCACGGGAUGCUCGGCACCCUCGUCUUCUACAAGCUGAUGACGGUGUGGGCCACAGCGACCGUGGGUUUCUCCGAGGUGGACCUGCGCAUGAUGCGCCACGGCAAUGUUAUAGAGAAUGGCACCCUGGCGAUCAAGCAGCUCUCGGCCGACCCGACGCCAAGGCCGAAGCGUCAUUCAGGCGAGCCAGAUGCAACAAGUUUGGGCACGGGCGCUGGCGUCACCGGCGACUUCGUGACUGCUCUCAAGGCAAAGAUGCGCCUGAUCCAUGGCCGCCAGCUCGAAGCGAGCAGCAACGUGGCCACUCUCGCGAAGGCAAACAGCGGCGUCUCUGACACCGCAGAGGAGGCGCUCGACAUCUCCAAGGAGGUGGUCUCCCUGUACACGACGUUCCAUCCGAUCUUCCGGCUCGUCUUGAGCAGCAUGAACAUGCCCUGGAUUUUCCAGAUCGUGGCGCUGCUCGACGCCGUGUUCGGCUCGCUCAUGAUGUCGGCAGCUUUUUACGGGACCAGCGCGAGCCCCAAUGUCCCCGAGUGCGUGGGGCCAGACGAUUUGGUGGAGAACCUCGUCCGCGACAUGUUGGUGACCUUGGUCUCCACGAUCGUCAGUCUGGCCCCACUCGCCGUGAUAACGUCAAAGAAAAACCGCUCGAUGCCACGGAGCUGCGCAGAGCACAAAGUGCGGCAGAAGGUAUGGAUCUGGUUCCUGACAGACGUCGCCAUCAUUGCGGGCGGACUGCUGUGGUUCGCCUUCUGCGCCUUGUACAUCAUGCUUUUCCUGGCGAAUGUGAGCCAGAAGGAUGCAGACCACUGGAUCGUGAGCGUGGUCACACGCUUUGGUAGCUCGUGGGUCGUACUGCCAUUUAUCCUCACCGUGCUGUGGGUGCUGACGAUGAGAUUGUUCGAGCGCUUCAGCGGGGCGAACUUCGUCAAGAGCAGCAUCGACGGGCUCUUGAGGGCCAUCAGUGGCGGCGGCCUGAGUGUGCAGGAACCACGGGAAGCUUCUCACGCGGAAGCCGACGACACUUCCCCGCCGCCUCCGCGGCCACUCGGCGUUUCGAUGUCCAGUGCGCAGAGUCACUCGGAGUUCUGGUCGUGGGUCGGCCACCUGCGAUCCCAGCACGCCGCAUCGUUGAGGCCGAACGCCCGCGCAUUCGAGCAGGAGCAUCCGCUGGCCCUGGCGGCCACGACCCUGCCGCCACUGCCGUCGGGCGUGGAAACGUCGCCCAGCAGCCCGCCGACCCUGCCGCUGCCGUUGCAGCCGCUGCGGGCGCUGGCCGCCGCCCCCUCCGGCCUUGCCGCGACUGCCCACCUGGAGCCGGCGCCGGCGCCGCCCAGGCCGCCGCCGGUGGAAGAUGCCCCCGCGUGGCUGCGCGAGACGUGGCGGUGCGAGCGGGCUCCUCCCGCUGGGGCGCCGGGCUCCCCCGCGGCCGGCCUCUCUGGCGGUCUGGGCCCGGCACCGCGCCCUCCCGCUGGGGCGCCAGCCUCACCAGCGGACUGGUCCGGCGGCCGCACCCCAGCGGACUGGCGGGCGCCGCCCUCGCAACUGGCCCUGCCGCAGAGGCCGCUGCCGCAGCUGCCGGAGGCCGCGCCCCUGGGGGCGCCCCGCGCCGGCCUGCCGGCGCCCCCCGACCUGGCAUUCUGGGAGCCGCCGCCCGCCGUGCUGGGCGGGGGCCCAGAGGCCGCAGGCCAAUAACUUGUCAUUGCUGUGGCAAAUGAUUCACAAGCCCGCGCUCGUGCUUCAGUUCCGCAGAGUUCAACACCAAGCGCGCAAGAGUUGCAUGAUCGAGUGAAUGAGUGAAGGCAUUUAUGAAUUGAGUAGUGCGUGAGGCAGCGCUUACGGCCCUCGUGUGUAUGCGUAGGUUACCCCGCUGUGGGCUGCGCGUCUUUUGUGCGGCUCGCCCCCGAAGUGGGGCAGCGCGGGCGUGGCCCGAGUGGCCCUGGGCUGCACGGGCUGUCUUCAGGUUCGUAUCACUGCCGCAACGCGACGCCCAUAAGUUUUCAUGGCGCCGCCCUUAGUGUCAGCAGACCGCUUCCCAGGGCCAAGUGAACUGAACUGAACUCAGCGUGUACCACACAGCUUGCUGGAUUCUCACCCAACCGAUAUGAUUCUGGACACGACACUGAUCAGGACCGCGUUCUGCGUCAAUAGGCGGAGCACCAGUCCUUGAGAUCCGACGUAGCGAAGAAAUCACAAUAGCAAAAACGCCCGUUGUGAAAAAAUUGAGACGCCAGGAUCUCAGGGGUGUGCGUUGCGAAUUCUUGACGUCUCUGGCAGGUUUCACAUCUCCACAGUUUCUGCCCGCGGCGGGUGCACCGCGCCGGCUCAAGCGGGCAUCGCGCUGUUGUUUAUAACUGCUGCCUGCGCAGCCAGAUUACUGCGACUCGCGGACUGCAUCGGAUAUAGCGUGGCUCGACAUCGGGGGGAGCCGGGCGCCGAGGGAAGCGCGCGGAGGGGGAUGGAGCAGCGCCGCCAGGAGGCCCGCCUCCUGGACUGUUUCCCCACAUGCGGCAAACCACACGAGUUUGCCGUAUCCUGCAAUACUUCCGAAGGUCAUCCUCGUGCUGUUUCUCAGAAUUUUACCAGUAGGCCUUGCCUCGUCCGUGAUCUCGGGUGAAACGAAGCGGUUGCUUUUUUCCUGCAGUUUGCUCCCCGUCCGUCACGCGUUUUUCCAAUUCGAGGUCGUUGGUACACUGGCGAAGUCGAGCACGCUGCCUCGCCGACGGGCCUUUUGGUCCCUUUCGGGUUCUCCGCGCCGUUUUGCGUGCGAGAGGUAUCAAUGUUGUAUAGGGCGCUGCCACAAAACAGUAAAGGAUGUUCCUAGCGUAGCUGCAGCACCCUCGGCGUCGUAGUGCUCCCGCGCGGUGGCGUGGCGUUUGCAUAGCUGUGCAGCGUAGCAGCGCAGCGCAGCUGCGCAGCCUUGGCGAAGGGAGUCGCGCGGUGCACCGCGCAGGUGCCCAGCGUUGGCGCAGGUUCUGUCCUCUCCCAGCGAGCCACCUCCCGUCUCACCAGACAGCACGUCCCUGGCGUGGAUCUCUAUUGCCGGUGGCCGUGCCAGGAUCUCCGUGCCCCUGGCCCGUGGAGGCGAGCGCGGGCCGCCUGAGAGAACCCUGGGCGACCGUGCAUCGGGGCAGGGCUCGGUCCGUUCCCGCGGCGCGCGGCUUUCGCGUCGCCGCAAGGCGAGCGGGCCCGAGGGCAACGGGUCCAGGAGGUUCUCCGCCGUUUUUGGGGAUCCUGGUGCCUUCACGAGCCCCAGAAAAAAAAAAGGCCCUUGCAUCCUCAGUGUGUGUCCUUCUUGUACACGUUGACUGGAUUGCUCCGAUGUGCACGUUCGA